CCCUAGCGGUUGUCUGAGUAUUACACUUUCUUUCUGUUCAUGGCUCGUGGCACUGUUUGAUAUUUGUCACGAUGAAGUUGAACGUAUCCUAUCCUGCUACAGGAUGUCAGAAACUGUUCGAAAUUGCAGAUGAGCAUAAGCUCAGGGUUUUUUUUGAGAAACGUAUGGGUGCUGAAGUUGAGGCUGAUGCUUUAGGUGACGAAUGGAAAGGUUAUGUUGUCCGUAUCUCUGGUGGUAACGACAAGCAAGGGUUCCCCAUGAAACAGGGUGUCUUGACCAAUGAUCGUGUACGUCUACUCCUUUCAAAAGGACAUUCGUGCUAUAGACCUAGAAGAGACGGUGAACGCAAACGUAAGUCUGUCCGAGGAUGUAUUGUUGACGCCAAUUUAUCCGUGCUUGCACUUCUUAUUGUCAAAAAAGGAGAAAAGGAAAUACCAGGUUUAACAGAUACUAAUGUACCGCGUCGUCUGGGACCUAAGAGAGCAAGUAAAAUUCGUAAGCUCUUCAAUCUGUCUAAGGAUGACGACGUACGUCAAUUUGUCGUCAAACGACCGAUUCAAAAAGAAGGCAAAAAAGAACGCUUCAAGGCUCCUAAAAUUCAACGUCUUAUCACUCCACUUACCCUACAGCGAAAACGACAUAGGUUGGCUUUGAAGAAAAGACGUUGCUUGGAUCGUAAGCAACAAGCAGCCGACUACGCAAAACUACUAGCGCAAAGACAGAAGGAAGCAAAGAAUAGACGUCAGGAAGAAUUGAAACGAAGACGUAGUGCUUCCAUUCGAGACUCAAAAUCAUCGAAUCAGUCAGCACCCACCGCGCAAAAAUAAAAUGGCUGUAGCGAUGUAUUGACAAUUUAAUAAAAAUACUUUCACACA